AUGAAUAAAGAAGAAUUAUUGGGUUUUCUACUAGAUGACAGUAUUGAUAGCCAAAAAAGAUGCGUCACGGAUCAGCAGGCCUACUCUAAUUGGUUAAAGAAUGAUAAUGAUGAACGUACGGCCCAUGAGGAAAGCUCUUCACAAAGUACGAUAGCCGCAUUGAAUAAGAAGAAGCAGACAGAAGCUGCUCAAGAAGAUAUAGAAGAACUGUUAAACGGCUUAGAAGGCAUUAUUGGAGGAGCCGACCCCCGUAAUCUCAAGAGUAAGUCAAAGAGGAAAACCAAAAAGGGCGGAUCGAAACCAAGGGAAGAAAACGUGAAUACGGAGAAACAUAUUGUAAUGCUCGAGGUAGAAGAUUUUAGUGAUAUGAGCACCCACGAAGAUGUCAACGGAGCAAGUCCGUCGCCAAAUCUGGACCGGUCGAAGAAGAAUGAGAAGCGAAGGAAAAACGCCAAGGAGCUGUCAUACGAUGAACUAAAAGACAAACUAGAAGUUACCACUCGCAAAUCACGUCUUGAGUGCAAAGACUUGAAAAAGAAAGUUCAUGGGCUCGAAAGAAGGAACCUUGAACUUGAACAGCGUUUAGAAGAGCUGAAGAUUGAGAACCAGACUUUGAUAGAGAUUAACAAUAAACUGUUGAAAAACACUAAUGAGGAUGAGAUUAACAAGAGCCAGAGGAACAAGGAGAAGGACCGAAAGCGGAGGGAAAGAAGAACGGCAAGGAGAAAAGAUGAAAGAAAGCAGGAAAAAAAGCAGGAAAAAAAGCAGGAUAAUAAAACAUCUCAAUCUUUUCCUUCCUCAACUGACAUGAAUGGACAGCCUAUAGAAUUUUGA